AUGGAUGUGUCCUAUGCCUCUGAGGGCUACAUCAAUCUGAGAAACAGUAUCAUCACGAGUUCGACUUCCCUAAUCGAACCAAGCAAACGUCCCUCUCUAAAACCAUCGGCGGCUAGACCUCCCAGACUCUAUGGUCUUCCCAAAAUCCAUAAAGAAGGCACGCCGCUACGACCCAUCGUGUCGAUGAUAAACUCUCCUACGUACAAACUAGCCCGUUUUCUAUCAGAUACUCUGCUCCCCUUCACAGGCAAGACCUCUUCGGCAGUACUCAACUCAACCCAAUUAGUCUCUAUGGUUAAGGACAUGGUACUAUCUCCUGAUGACAUCCUCGUCAGCUUUGAUGUAGUAUCUUUGUUCACCAAAGUCCCAGUACCGGACACCCUAACAAUAAUUGAGGACUUAGUCCAACAUGGAUUGAAUUCUGAUGUACCUGCGCUGGUUAGGCAUUGCCUCACCAACACCUAUUUUACCUGGAAUGGCACCUUCUACAAACAGAAUGAGGGUACCCCUAUGGGCUCCCCCUUGUCACCAGUUAUAGCCAACAUGUUCAUGGGAAAGUUUGAAUCAGACGCCAUCCAGACAUCCACCCUGCGUCCUUCCCUGUGGAAGAGGUAUGUGGAUGACACUUUCGUCAUCUGGCCACAUGGCCUCCCAGCAUUGAACCACUUCUUGGACCACAUCAAUUCUAGACACCCAUCCAUCAGAUUCACCAUGGAAGUGGAGAAAGACGGUAAACUACCAUUCUUGGAUAUUCUGUUUGAGAGGAGGCCUGACGGAUCCUUGGGACAUUCUGUCUACAGGAAAGCCACCCACACAGAUUCCUACUUGAAACCGGAUUCGCCCCACCACCCAUUUCCAAAAGAAUUCUCUCAUCAAAACGCUAUACCACAGAGCCCAUGGCAUUUCUGA